UGUGAUUUAAAAUGUAAACGUUAAGCAAUGUAUAUAAAUAAACAACAUAUAACGCACCUACAUACAUGUAUAUUCCUAGUAUAGUCGUGUGCGUAUUCGCGUAGUAGCAGCACUAGCGUAAACUGUGAAAAUGAAUAUACUGAAUGAACUAUGGUUUCUCCAACCGCCAAUGAUAACGUCGUAUUUUUUAAAUAUUGGACAUGAUUGACAAGCCGGUUAGCCAAUCAGAGGCUUGAUAUCAGUUUGCAAACGUUACGGUGCCAUAGUGACAAGAGAAUGACGCUUUGUAUUCGCAACAAUAGUGAAUGGAAGUGGUUUAAGACCGCCGCGAGACGUGAAGUCCGAAAUACAGUAAAGAAAACUUUGGAAUGAAUAAAAGUUACAGUACAUUAAGAUGACUGCACAUAAUUUGUGCUGGGUCUGAACAGGAAAACUGCACCUGUUUCUUGUACUGGUGUUGUGAAUUUCAGCUCCAAGAUGAGAGUUUUGAGAUUAGAUGAUUCUGCGAUGAGACAAUUGGAACGUCCUUCCAGCCCAGCAGUCCGCAGGGUUGAGAUGGAGCGCGGCAAAGCUGGCUACGGAUUCACCAUAGCCGGCCAAGCACCUUGCGUCCUGCGUGGAAUAAUAAAAGGCAGUCCGGCAUACAGCGUCGGACUACGUCCUGAUGACCGCAUCCUGCGAGUGAAUGAUACGGAUGUUUCUGAGGAAUCACAUGACGUUGUGGCAAAGCUGAUUGGCACAUCAUCACGAUCACUCUGUUUGCUGGUAACAUCAGGUGACUUGCAGACUACAGGCACUUGCUCCACUGUCAAGGAGCACGUUUCUCAAAGUAACGGUAAAUUGCCAUGGCUCAGUCCUGGAAAAAACUCUUUCUCUGAAGAUCCUAGUGCUAUAAAUAUGAGGGAGCCGAUGCUUCAGUCAGUUGGAAGUUUUGACACACUCUUUGAGAUCUCAGAUCAUGGCACCAUGACCACACAACAAGAGCGGCACAAAAAACAACGCCCCGUGUCCGAACCAGAUAUGUCCUAUUGGGUACAGCAAUCCAGGCCCAGAGGCCACCCUAUUAGUCUUCUACAGAUGGAGACAUCUCGAGUUACCAGUGAGGACUCUGUGUUCUCCGACCUCCAAAGUCAGAAUGAUUUUGUGUCAGACUCCAACCUCCUGAAUGUAGCAAUGGUUGUGGGAUACAUCAACUCUAUGGAACUGGAGUUAGUGAUGUCACAAUCUGAGGAGAAGGCUUUGCAAGCAAUCCGUGAAUGUAUCAGCCAGAUUGGAAUUAAACAGAAGACCCAUUCCCUGGUCAUGAUGAAAAUCAAAUGCAACUGUGUACAGCUUUGUGAUGAGAAAGAUGCUGUUCUUGCAUCUUACCCUGCGGAGAGCCUGGCACUUUGCGUCGUUUGUACGGAAGACAGCAGGUUUUUCGGUCUUGUCUCUAUUGAUUCGACAAAAAAUGGGGAUGAUGUAACAAAGACGGGCAGCUUGAAAACAUUGUGUCAUGUCUUUUUUGUAGAUCCAGAGCUUUAUGACCACAAGGAGCACCAAAGCAUCGUGGGACACUUUGGAAUUCCGUGCACUCCAGAUCCAGACACCAAAGGCUGUUUGGAGUUUCCUCAGACUCCCCACUCUAUUUCACAAUUUGUGUCUGUCCUUUAUUCUGACAUUGGAGACUAUAUUGAAAAACUGAGACUUAAACUCGACAGCGAGAAUCCAGAUGAAGGACAGCAAAAUAUGCGCAACAGCGGCAGCGACAGUGGAAUUGGAAAUGCAUCACCAGAUGAUCACGAGAGCAUCAUUGCCCAGUGGAGCUUCACAUCUCCAAACAUUCCAAAUGCACCACCAGAUUAUUCCCAGCACAGGAAUACCGAACUUCUCAAACCUGAGCUCAGGUGCCUCCUGUCAGAACCACUAACAGUUACUGCUCAACCUGUGACUCAAGUAGGUGCCUCUGCUGGGGCAGAUGCUUCAGCUUUUACCUCUUUUCCUCUGUGUAAGCACAGAAGCAGUCAACACCGACCUUCUGGCUUAAAGGCCCGCUGGCAGAAAUCUCGUCCCAAUAGCACCGAGUGCUUGGUGGAGAGAGACAGUGACGAAUCCAGAUCUAAAAGUAGCCUCCUUCCACCUGCCAUGGAACAAAUUCCAACUCUCAGAUACAAACCACUAGAAGAUCUCAAACACCCUCAGAAAAUGAACUUCACCCCACAGCUUGAGUUCACAUGCAGGCUCCCCAGCAAUGUGUCCAAACAAAAGGAAGUGGAAAAUAAGGGAUCUAAAUUUUGGGCACUUACUAAAGGACGCUCCUCUAUUCGAAGAACCGCAGCUCCCGCUAAACGGCUGAGUCUGGCUCAUUCACUUAAUGACCUUGAGUCGGCUGCUUCAGACAGGGAGCGUGGUGGUGUUGAGUGUCAUAAUAGCGGCAGUGUUAGCAGUUUGGAGAGUAAUGGUAGUCUGCCCAGUGUCACCAACCAUCGACGCAUUUCAGAACGUCGUGUUGCAUUAUGGGCCGUCAGCUUCGAGCGUCUGCUCCAGGAUCCUGUGGGUGUCCGCUAUUUUUCUGAGUUUCUAAAAAAGGAGUUUAGUGAGGAGAACAUCUUAUUCUGGGAGGCCUGUGAAUCUUUUAGCAAAAUUCCAGACCAUGACAAAAAGCAGCUAUCCCACAAAGCUAAGGAGAUCUAUAACCGGUUUCUCUCAAGCAAAGCUUCCAUGCCGGUAAACAUCGAUAGUCAAGCUCAACUUGCUGACGAUGUCCUGACAGCUCCACAGCCUCACAUGUUUAAACAGCCACAACUGCAGAUCUUCAACUUGAUGAAGAUGGACAGUUAUGCUCGGUUCCUGAAGUCCACUCUCUACCAGGAAUGCAUGCUGGCUGAGGUAGAAGGGCGACAUCUCCCUGACCCCUGCCCGAUCCCAUGUAGCCCUGCCCCCUCCAAGCACAGCUUCACCUCUGACCGUUCCACAUUCUCCACGCCUAAAAAGGAAAACAGGAGGCCCAAAACAGGGAGGUCAAGCGAUGACCUCAGAGAUAAAAAUUCCGAUAAGAAAAAUGGCUUUUUCUCAUGGUACAGAUAUCCAAGUAUUGGGAAAGGACAAAAGAAAAGAGAUCCCCCUGAUUUACCUUACAAUUGUAAUGGCCGGAGAGAGUCUCAGGGUUCCUUGUCCUCCGGGACGAGUCAAGAACUAAACACCUCCUGUCCCGGAAGCAAGAAUGAGCAGUGUGAGCUGAGGAGCUCAUGUUUGGUUUUGGACAAGGAUAAAGAGAGGUGCAGCAAGACGUGUACCGUGACACUGCCGGACGGCUCCAGCUGCUGUGUCCCUUUACGGCAGGGUGCUUCCAUCAGGCAGGUCCUGCUGGAGCUCUGUCAAAAACAGCACAUUAAUCUGGCUGCUGUCGACCUCUUCCUCACAGGUGGAGAAAAGCCUUUGGUGUUGGACCAAGAAAGCGUUACUCUCAGUUCCAGAGAAGUUCGACUCGAAAAACGCACUUUGUUCAGACUGGAUCUGGUACCCAUUAACAGAUCGGUUGGGUUGAAAGCAAAACCAACAAAACCUGUGACAGAGGUUCUGCGUCCUGUGGUUGCAAAGUAUGGACUCCACCUUGGCGACUUGGUGGCCAGAAUAAGUGGAGAGACAGAGAUUCUUGAUCUUGGAGUGCCCAUAUCAAACCUUGACGGUCUACGAGUUGUAUUAGAGAGGGCUGAUCCAGCCAAAGACAAGUCUAAAACACUCAAUUCUAAAACAUCAGCAGACAAGAAAGAUCUAUCAAAAGAGAGAGACAACGGCUCAGGGACGAAACUGACGAAAGGAGUUGAAGACAAACAUCCUCAGCCAGCAGCAUCAGAGAGAAAGAAGGGCAAAAGGAAUCACAUUGAUGAAACUGAAGAAUUUUUCGAAUUGCUCAGUCGUGCCCAGAGCAGUCGUGUCGAUGACCAAAGAGGCUUGCUGAGAAAAGAAGACCUGGUGCUUCCUGACUUUCUUCGCGUGGACCCUGAUCCUGAACCCCAGCCUCCCAGCUGUUCCACUCCCACUUCCCACAAACCCGGCCAUACCACCACCAUUACCAUCUCCCAUUUCCCCAAACCCAGCUCUUCUAACGGACAUCCCCGCGCACCCAGCCCCGAAUCGGCCCCCUUCACUGCCCCGCUCUCCCCCAUCUUACGCUCCUCUGGUCCUCAGAGUCAUGACGAGGACGGGCUGGGUGAUCUAACUCUGGUUGGGGAGGGGGAUAUCAACAGCCCAAACUCCACCCUGCUUCCACCUUCACCGAGCUCUCCGGCCCCUUUUGAGGGCAGCCUACUCGUGGCCAACUUCACUCCACCACCUUCUGUAGACAGACAAACCAGCCCAGGUACAAAGGAAAGAAACGUGUGCACUUCAGCUGCCAACCAUCAGGGGGAACAGUGUCCCACCUCAGCAGCCCAAGAGAACUCGUCUGUGCUGGACAAGGGAGUCAGUGUGAAGGGGGUAACUAUGGAGGACAGUUUUGAAGGCUAUGCAGCUGAGCUUCGGCAGUGCCAAAGCAAAAUGAGAAAUGGCAUUUACCCCUCCACAGAACCGUCCCGGCCCCUUAGUGGUGUGCUGGAAGUCAAUGAAAGCGAUACAGUCCAAUAUAAAGCCACAUUUGUUUAAAGGAAGCCAAAAUGCAUGUGUACAUAUUGUGUGUCAUUAUGUAACUUUAGACUGUUUUUUAUUAAAAAUAAAUAAUGAAAUAAUGAUAAUGUA